CCACCAAACCAACGGUGAUCACUACCUCGACUUCUUUCCAAGCUGUGUUCCGCGAUUCACCCAAACCGUAUAAUUACCAAAUUAAAAUUAUUGUUUGUUUCGUAUUUUCUGUGUUCUGCUGUUCUGCGACGUCGAUCUCUGCUCUCUGCUUGCUCUCCCAUGGCCAGGCCAAAAGCUCAAAGAAGAACCCUUGAUUCUUACACAGUCAAACCCAUAAACAAAGCCAUUACGGCCGGCGACUGCGUGCUCAUGCGGCCGUCCGACCCGUCAAAUCCGUCCUAUGUGGCUAGGAUUGAGCGGAUCGAAGCUGACUCGCGUGGCGCCAACGUGAAGGUCCACGUCCGGUGGUAUUACCGGCCGGAGGAGUCAAUCGGCGGCCGGCGGCAGUUUCACGGUUCUAAGGAGGUUUUCCUUUCUGAUCAUUUUGAUGUUCAGAGUGCCGAUACAAUCGAAGGCAAGUGUACGGUUCACAGUUUCAAGAGCUACACGAAACUUGACGCUGUCGGAAACGAGGAUUUCUUCUGUCGCUUCGAAUACAAUUCCGCCACCGGUGCUUUCAAUCCUGACAGAGUAGCUGUAUACUGCAAAUGUGAGAUGCCCUACAACCCUGAUGACCUAAUGGUCCAGUGUGAGAGUUGCAGUGAUUGGUAAGAUGGACAUAUAAGAUUGUAGUUCAUGUUUUACCUCUUUUCUUCUGGUUUCAUUUGAGGAAACAAGGUAUUUUAAGUCAGUUUGAACCAUACAGGCAUCUGUAUUCUUUGUGUAAGACCCUAGUUCCAAAAACUGUGUCUGUCUGUCUGUCCGUAUGUACGUAUGACUUCAGCACUGAGCAAUCCAUAUAUUUUUAUGCUUCAAUUACUUUGCAUUCACAGUUGCAAGUCUAGUUCCAAAAUCUUGACCCUGUGAAUAAUUAUGAGAUGUGAUUUUUAAACAAGUAUAAAUUGAAUACUAUAAUGAAAAUGGGUGGUGUAUCUUGGUUAUUUUUUGAAGGGAGUCUGUUUUCUUGUUAACCCCAGUUGCAACUCAGUUUUCUUGUAUAAGAGUAUAGAGGAAUAGCCUUAGAUGGCGAAAGGUGAUGAACUCUACUUUCUUGGCUAAUCCAGAUUAUUAAAAUCUUGAUCACUUAUUCAGACUAUGUAAAAAUAACUGAAAUUUAAAUCCUUAGUGCUCUAGAAUUACC